UUUCCUCUCUUUUCUGGCACCACAAAUCCUCAGCUGACUCUUCAUUUGUUUUAACAUCAGCUAAAACGGUGAAGACUAUCAAGAAAAGAAAAAAGCAAAACUCGCCAUGAAUGCUUCAACCAAGCUUGAAAUAGCCCUCAUCGUUAUCUUAGCAACAUGCCUUUUAGCUCUUAUCGUUGAUCUGGUUUACGUCCUUUGGCGAAAACGAAGGUUCCGUGAACGCAGCGUCGUCAGCGGCGGAACCUGUUCCAUUGACUCUGAGUUUUCAAAUUCAUCACCUUUCUACCCUGCUCCCUCUAAGGAACUUCUCUACUUCUUCUGCUGGAUAAACAAACCAGCCUAUGUGGAACCUUCCUCUGGCCCUGCGGUGGUGUCUCCAAAGCCAACUGAGGCUACCAAGGCGGCAGAUUCAGAGGCAGCCGCCGUGGAAGCAGAUGAUGACGAGUUGGCGAAGUGGCAGGCAAUGUACGGAUCGUCCAGGGAAGGAGCUGAUAACGUUGAGAAUUCUGCUGAUCAGAGUGAAGCGAAAAGCGAGAAGCGAGUUUGUUUGACAGACUGCUUUUCGGGUCCGGUCGAAAUGGCUGAUGACGUUGUAGUUGAUGUGGAGGAAACGACGCCAUUCUCAACGCCGUGUGCAUCACCUCCUUACUUUACUCCUUCAUCUUCUCCUGGUCGCGAUGUUGGGAUUUUGAUAUUGUCACCAGAAAAAUCACGUAAGCUCGCCGGCGAGUGACGUUUUGACGGAUAGGAAAGUCGGGUUUCUGAGUUUAAGAAUUGGAGGCUAUUAGCAAUUGCUUAAACUUUAAACAUGAAAUAGUAAUUUGAUACUUUGAUUAGU